AUGGACUCACCACAGCGACCCAUCCUGAGUCCACCAAAAAUCCUACACCCGCUGUCGCCGGAAAGAAUGAAUAAACAAACUGUGCCCGCGUCCCCAUCUCUACCCACUGAUCUGUUAUCACUCCAUCACAAGAAUACAAAGGGCGUCUCCGAAGUUCAGGCCAAGGUUGCUUUUCUGAACAGCCUGUCACGAGGAAACAGUCCACUUACGAACGCACAAUCCGCUGCCGCCAAUGCGGCUUUACAACGCGCAAUCCUCGGUCGCGAAGAGGCCGAAUCUGCGCUAACAUCACUACAAGAGGAGUAUUCCGAGGCACAGUCUCGCGAACGCCGUAUUAGCGAACGACUGGAGUCCUUGCUAGAAGAACUGCACGCGGUCAAAGAGCGACAAGGCCAUGAACGAUCGAUUUUCGAGAAGGAAAUCCGCAAGGCGCGCAAGGAGGCCUUUCGAGCUGGAUCAACGCUUGUGAAACUACAGGAGGAACUCAAAAACUCCAAAUCCGAGACCAAGGCCCUCAAAGAGGAGCUCAAUGCCGAGCGAGAUUCCAAGGACAGAGCUAAGCAAGAGGCCUUUGAGCGCGCAUAUGCUCUGGCUGGUCUCACAGAAGAGUUAGAAGAGCUGAAAGGUCAGCUUCGGUCCUUGGAAGCCGCCAAUCGAGUCAGCGCUCGCGAGGCUCGAGCCCAUGAGACCAGGAUAGCGAAUUCGGGACGGAUCUCAAUCACCGAGGGAGAUCUUGAGUUCUUGAUCACCCCUCGGCGUCCCAAGCGCGGCGCACGUCUCUCUGAAUGCACCACAGCCGUUCAGACCGAGGAAACAGCGUUAGACCCUUCACACGCUCAUGCGAAUGAAGAUGAGGUCGAGGAUCUGCGAGAUGAGCUGGAGUAUGAGCGUCGACGUCGUGCCGAGGCAGAGGACAUGAUUCACUUUAUGAACGUCGAAUGCCAAUUCCAAAGAUGCUCCUGUCGCAUCGCCGAAAGUCAAGGUCGCCGCUAUAUUUAUGAUGCAGCGUACUAUGAGCAAGUCCAGAAACUUGAAGUUGAGAAGAACUCAGAUGCCUCCCAAGAAGCUCGCCAACAUCACACGUAUGAUCGGGCUGAAGGCAUUGCUCAAUAUGCCGAGUCAAGUCACACACCCAGCGUCGAGCCUCCAAAUUUCAUCGGUCAUGCCAACGGAAUCUCUGACGCCAGACCUGCAGUCAAGUCUGCCACGAAACCUGGACCGCUUGAGCCGCCCGAAAGGAUGAAAAUCCCCGAAGAGCCGCUCGUCACAUUUUCCCCUGAAACAGGGACCUUCAAAACGUUCCCUUCGCCUCUGCGUGACAAUGUCCAGCCUCGCCGAACAGUCUCACCGACCAUACCCGAGCAACCAGUCUUUAACCCAGCGGGCAAAAGCUGGCGAAAUUCGGCUGCGUCCUCUGGACACAUGACUGACUAUAGCUCCCAAUCUGUCGGAUCGAACCAUUCUCGGGUCACCUAUGAAAAUUACGCCGAUGGUGCCCAUGACCUACCAAAAGAGCCGAGACCUGUUGAGGAAACCCGCUCGUCUAGGUCUAUCACAAGGGAUGAUCUUCACUCCUCGCAAAUGACAUCGAAACGAGUGCCUCUGCGCCAGGAAAAUGAUUUUCGCAUCUCUGAGUCCUCAGGCACGCUACCUGAUACUCCAGUCAGCCGGGAGUAUGCCCUUGCACAAAUUGCUGCUCGCCGCGAUCGCGCUCGUAGCAAGCAACGCUCCGUCAGCGCGAACGAGGCUUCUGGACGCAGAAUGCCAUCCGCUGCGAGUAGUGGCAUAACAGCGAGUCGUGGACCACGCCGCAUGCCAAACCUGCGAGCCGAGGCCAAGCCAGAAAACGAACUCGCAGAACGACGAGAUCUCAGUGCUCCUGUUCGAAUGUACCAUCGGUAA